AUGGGAUUUGUCGCAGUGCCAAAACUUCUGGACUUUAAGAGCUCCCCGUCCCACCUUCAGUUCAACAGGUACGUCCUGAGCGGGUAUCGGCCCGUGUCCACCUUUACGGGAUGCUUACGGAGUCUCUUCUACCUGCACAACGAAUCCGGAAACAUCUACACACACGGAAUCCCAUUUGUCUGCAUCCUGCUUCUGCUGCCUCUCAGCAUCCCAUGGUCCAAGGUGGACCAGUGGUGGCUUUGCGUCGUGCACUACCUCGCCUGCCUCUCCCCGACCAUCGGCUCCAGCCUCUAUCACAUCUUCAUGAAUCACCAAGGUGGCGCUCCAGUCUACACAGCCCUGCUGUCCUUCGACAUGUUCGGGAUCUGCCUCGUCAACACACUGGGAGCUCUGCCCAUUGUACACAUCACCCUCCUGUGCCAGCCCUUCGCCCGGCAUCCCGUCAUGUUAACCUAUCUGCUCGUCUCAUGUCGAGGCGUCUACGAUGCCCUGACGGCUAAGACCAGCGGCCGGCGCCUUCGCUCCUUCGCCUACCAGGCAGCAUUCCGGAUUUUCCUAUUCGCACUGCGCUUAUUAGAGUUCGGCACGGGCAACCCCAAGUCGCUUUUCUUCUACUUUAUAAUGGAAGUGCUUGCGGCGGGAGGAGGCCUGGUCAACGUGCUCCGGAUACCCGAGCGCUUCAGCCCCGGUACCUUCGACUACUGCUUCAACAGCCACCAGAUCAUGCACGUGUCCGUCGUUCUGGCCAUCGUGUUCCUGCACUGGGGCACCAAGGAGGACUUCGCAUGGCUGAAGGACUACGAGUGCCCUACGAACUGA